AUGGCUUCCGACGACCGUCAUGAACUGGAGGGUUCGAUCCCAGCAACAUUGAUUGCACAAACUGAGGCUGCAAUUGUUGGGAGCUUGGAGGACGAUGGACCGGCUAGCAGAGGGAGACAGUCAAGGGGACGCCAGCACCAGGCUACCGACCAGGCUUUUGAUCAGAGCGAGUCAAGCAGUUCGCACACGAGACCUACCCAUUUGAACGUUCCCGAAGAUGAGCCAUCCGAGCCUCCUCCCGCAUAUGGCGAUCGCCACGAUCAUAUAGAGAUCAAACAGGACGGGUUCGAUACGAAUGCGAAUGUAACCGGCGAUGGGCGAGUAAAUAUCAACAUCAACCAGAAGACCCGUAGGCUAUCAGACCUCCUAGUUCCCGCAUUAAGGAAUCAACUAUCGCUGGUGGAGCAAGAGGCUCAAGCCCCGCUCCCUCCUGGAUAUAUCCCACCAGCCUUAGGUGGGUCGCCCGGUCAGAUACCACCCCCUCGUCUUAAUGUGGUUAUACACGUUGUGGGCUCGCGAGGAGAUGUACAGCCAUUCGUUGCCCUGGGGAAAACGCUGAAGUCCACAUAUGGCCACCGGGUGCGGCUGGCAACGCAUCCUACGUUCCAAGGCUUUGUCGAAGAAAAUGGUCUGGAAUUCUUUAGCAUUGGGGGAGACCCUUCUGAACUCAUGGCAUUCAUGGUCAAGAAUCCUGGGUUAAUGCCCGGGUUUGACUCCCUUAAGGGCGGCGAUGUUGGAAAACGCCGCAAAGGCAUGGAGGAGAUUGUAUUAGGCUGCUGGAGAUCAUGUGUCGAAGCUGGCAACGGUCUUGGAGCACCACCUUCCAAGGAUAGCACAAGUAACCUUGGUUUUGUAGCUGGAAUUAACAUGGAUACCAACCCUGCAGAUCUUCCAUUCAUUGCCGACGCCAUUAUUGCCAACCCACCGAGUUUCGCACAUAUCCAUAUCGCGGAGAAGAUGGGCAUACCACUUCACAUGAUGUUCACAAUGCCUUGGUCCCCUACCCAGUCGUUUCCGCACCCUCUCGCAAACAUCCAGUCGUCAAACGCGGAAGUGAACAUGACAAACUUCGUUUCAUACGCCCUAGUGGAGAUGAUGACUUGGCAGGGCCUCGGAGACGUAAUAAAUCGCUUCAGGGAACGUGCACUUGGGCUUGAUCCCAUCAGCUUGAUUUGGGCCCCUGGAAUGCUGAGUCGUCUCCGGAUUCCAUACACCUACUGCUGGUCACCAGCUCUUAUACCCAAACCCAACGACUGGGGCCAGCACAUAUCAAUAUCUGGCUUUUAUUUCCUUUCACUAGCUUCAUCAUAUACUCCUGACCCUGACCUCGCUGCGUUCCUCGCUGCUGGACCACCACCGAUUUAUAUCGGGUUUGGCUCUAUCGUUGUCGAUGACCCAAAUGCGAUGACGAAACUCAUCUUCGAAGCAGUCCAAAAGACGGGAGUGCGAGCACUGGUGUCCAAAGGCUGGGGUGGCCUGGGAGCUGAUGCCCUGGGUAUUCCCGAGGGCGUUUUCAUGCUAGGAAACGUACCACAUGACUGGCUUUUCCAGCACGUAUCCUGCGUGGUGCAUCACGGAGGCGCCGGAACUACCGCUGCUGGAAUUUCUACAGGUAAGCCGACUGUUGUAGUGCCUUUCUUCGGCGAUCAGCCGUUCUGGGGCGCGAUGGUUGCCAGGGCAGGAGCUGGCCCUCUCCCAAUCCCAUAUGCACAACUCACUGCCGAUAAACUGGCCGAUGCAUUACUUGAAGCUCUCAAACCUGAAACAUUAGCCAAGGCAAAAGAACUUGGUGCUCGCAUUAAGGAAGAAAAUGGGAAUGAACUUGGUGCUAAGAGCUUCCAUGAUAUGCUGGACGUGGAUAGUUUGAGAUGCUCUGUCGCACCAAGUAGAGUCGCUGUUUGGCGAGUGAAGCGCACUAAAACUCGAUUAAGCGCAUUAGCUGCAAAUAUCCUGGCAAGUGAAGGUCUUUUGGACUUUGCAGAUCUGAAACUCUAUCGAUCUCGAGAGUACGAGACUGAUGACGGCCCCUGGGAUCCUAUUUCUGGAGGUGCUUCAGCCUUGCUUGGAACACUUGCUAGCCUGACUAUGGGCGUAGCGGACUUUCCCAUUGAGAUCUUCAAAAAAGCUCGAACUCGGGUAGAGACAAUGAAAGAGACGUCGAGCUCUGGCGAAACCACUCCCCCAAUAUCCUCCGCUUCCCACUCUCAACUUGGGCUUGGUACCGAAAGCAUCGCUGGAUCAUCCCUCAACGCGGACGGUACUACUUCGUCGGCGGCGUCAACAAUUGAAACAUCAGCGAAGACAUCAUAUGAGAGUGCUGAGCGUUCAUCAUUGGAUGCCCCAGCUAGCAGCACACCAAUGACCAGUACGACAUCGUUGGGUACCCAGCGGGGUGAUUCACUGAAGCAGGCGUUGAGAGGUACUUUCAACAGAGCCCGAUCUCUUUCGAGAGAUAGGGAUACCAGCUCACGCUCAGGCUCGAAAGACCGCACCCCUGGUCUUCAUUGCCCGUCGCCUAAAAGGAGCCAAACUAGCAAAGCAGCUUUCCACAGAAAAGAAUUCGACCCCAGCCAAAUGACGCUAGAAAAUGCAGGGCGAGCCGGAAAAGGCGUCCAUCGCAUAGUUGCUGCCGGUUUGAAAUCACCAAUGGAUUUUACCUUAGGUAUUGCGCGUGGCUUUCACAAUGCCCCAAAGCUUUAUGGUGAUGAUACUGUCCGCCCACAGGAACGAGUGACGGACCUACAAAGCGGACUUAGAGCGGCAGGAAAGGAAUUCGGAUACGGAAUAUAUGACGGAAUCACAGGGCUCGUCACGCAGCCCAUUCGGGGUGCGGAAAAGGAGGGUGCCGCUGGGCUCAUUAAGGGCAUCGGAAAGGGCAUUGGGGGUCUUAUUCUCAAGCCUGGUGCUGCUAUCUGGGGCCUUCCCGGCUACGCCUUCAUGGGCGUGCACAAAGAAGUCCGUAAAUUAUUUGGCUCGAGUGUCUUGAAUUAUAUCAUUGCAGCGCGGUCAGCCAAGGGAUUUGAAGAUGCAAAGACGGCCACCCCGGAAGAGCGCUUGGAUAUUAUACAUCGCUGGACAACACAUAAAGCGGAAUAUCAAAAUUCCAGGCAGAAGAUACUAGAACAGGGGCCCGAGGGCCAACAGACGGGUUAUCUAUCGCCAAAGGGAUUCCUCCAAACUCGUCACUUAUCAUUUGACGAGAGGAAGAAGCUCCAUAAAGAGAGACAAGCAAAACGCCGGGAGGAGCCUCGUGAAGGCCAUCACUGGCAAGGUUCUCGCAGCAGUACGUUCUGCCGACGCGGCGAUCCACAGGACCAUUCGCCUCGCGCUACGGAAGAGCCUGCCGUCACAGCUCAAGAAACUCCCGUCACAAGCCAAGUUGAAGCAACCAAAGCCGAAUUUGAAGAUGCAAUACAUGCCUCGGUCGCCGCUACCUCGCGGGGCAUUCCCGAGGAAGACGAGAUGAUCGAGCGCGCCAUCCGUGCCAGUGUGCGCGAACUGCAAAGUGGGGAGACUUUCGCUCUCAACGAUCAAGAAGCCCUCGACCGCGCCAUCCAAGCUAGCAUCACAGAAGCAGGGCGGCGCCCAUCGGAUUCUGGGUCCGGAUCUGUCGAAUUCACGGAGGAGGAUGCAGAACAUGAAUCUCUGCUAGAGAAAGCUAUUCAAAGGAGUUUGAUGGAGCAUCAGAUGCGGCCUCUUGACUCGGAUGAUGAUGAGGAUCUGAAGCUCGCGAUCCAGCGAUCUCAAGAAGACCGACACUUGACUCUUGAACCGGAAGAGAUCGACGACGCGCUUAAUCUUGCAAUUCAGCAAUCGAAGGAACAGCUUUUGAAGGAGAAAACCGAAGAGCAGAUUGUGUUGGAGUAUACCAUGAGGCAGAGUUUGAGGGAGGCGGAACAUCGGGCUGCUGUAGACGGGAAACGGCCUGCUGAUAGAGUAGUGGAAGAGGAGAAGCCGAGUACAGCCGAUGACGAGGCGUUGGACUUGGCUCUGAAAGAGAGCUUGAAGCCUCAGGGUGCAUCUCAGCCUGGGCCUGGGUCCGGGUCUGGAUCUGGAUCUGGAUCUAAGUCGUAA